AUGUCUUCUCUUUACGUCUCUUAUCCCGUCCUCUUCUUCAAGUCUGGUCACUCCAAUGCCCCGGAGGUUUGUGCACCCAUUCCCAAGGCUGCUGCUCCUCGACUGGAAUCCCCUUGUGCGUCCUUAAAGAUCCGGGGAAGCAGGGAGCGAUCAUUCCGCGGAAUCAUAUUUCGUGUGAGUGCUAGUAGAACCGAGACCGAUUCGGAGAACAGAACACAAGCUUCCGCAGGGGUAGUGAAUAGCCCAAAUGAUGGCGGAAGUUCAUCUGGCAGUUUCCUUUCAAUUCUCUGCCCUCUCCUCAAGCUAUUUGCCGUAAGUCUCCAUCUUCCGGUUAUCUUUGUUCGCUGGAUUCUUGUAUUUUCCCGGUAUACUUGUUCUUGUGGGGCGUCUUUAUGGAGUUUGCUUAGGGGUUAUACUAACUUGUAAUUGAUUUAUUUGGAAUUAUGGUUUUCUUACUUUUUAUUCUCGUCAUUGGUCAAGUUGAUGGCAUUUUAAUACCGAAUUAUUCUUAUUGAGUCGAAAAUUAGACUAUAAAUAACAAAGAGUGCUCCUUAGCGAUUUUAAUUGUAUCCUCCUCCCAUCUACUUAACGUUAUUUAAAAGUUCAAUGAGUUUGCAUACUGUACUCCGUGUUUCCCAACAAAACGUAUCUGUAUGCACCCAUUUUGUUGCUACCUUUAGCAUUCUAUGUUAUCCAACGUUCCUCAAUUAACCUUCCAUAAAUGAAACAUCAUGUUACUCUAUAGUUUGUUAAAGUACGUGGUUUCAGAUGAGAAUUUACUCUCUGCGUUGAUAGGCGCUUUAUUCAAUGAACGCUUCAGUGUCAGUCUCGAUAUAGACAGGAAGUUCCCCUAUUAAGUUUUAUUAUCCAAGAUUGUUAUAAUUUCAUGUUCCUUUUGAGAUGACUCUUUUUCAAGGUUUCUUCACAUUUUAUCGAUUCAUUGACAUGAUUUUUCUACCGUGUUAACAGGGUGGAGAUCCUUCUCAAGAACGGAAUGAAUUUCUUGAGGUUUGUUGGUUAUCUGAGCUCAGGAUCGCAAGCACCUUAUUUUAAUGUUUCUGCAUUUUCGUCAUGAUUUUUAUAUGUUCGAUAGUUAUGAGGAAUAUUUAUCAAAAAACUUUGGUUGAAGAUCUUCUACAUCCAUUGUGUUGUGAAUAGAUAAAUAGAUCGAGUAGACUAUGGUCAUGGGAUCAAUGUGACUACGAUAAUUUUUCUGCCUCUAAAUGGAGUAUUUUUUGGGAAGCUUAUUUCCUCUAUUGAUUGCAGAGAACAAAACUAUGUAUGGUUACAAACUUGUUUGGAAAUACACUAAUACCCCUGCUUCAACCUUACAGUAGAAACGUACAUACGGUGAAAAUUCUGGAAAGUACUUCUGACGUACACACUUCUCCUGCAAAGGGCCACAUUAGUGGCCACAUUCUCUCAUCGCUUGAAUGAACAAUCUGAUACAGUAGGACGCUCCCAUACCUGAGUUUUGUCAAUCAUCUCGGAUCCAGUAGAAAAUUCUCUUUCAUAAGUCAUGAACCAACCCUCUGCAGCAUUCGUUGUUAUUUGUAACAGUUCUAUGAGAUUUUAAUUUUUUCCUCAAAUCUUCUUUCAUAUCUUUACCCCAAGUAAGUCAGGAUAUAUCAGGCAGAGAGGAGUUUCGUUGAUCUCUUUUGUAUGUUGGCACUUGUUGUCUGUUCUGAUGCCAUUUCGGUAGACAGUGAAUGCCAUCAGAUUCCUCCAUAAAGUGUUUAGUAUGAGAAUUAGGACGGUCUCUUGUCUUUCUUCCAAUUGCUGCCGCACUUCGUUCCUUCUAAUGACUCCAUGUGUAUGCAGGUAACAACUUCUUCUCUAUCUAGUUUGGCACGGCUUCCAUGGGGAACAAGGUCAUACCUGGAAAGUUCAAAACAGAAAGAUAAUGAAGAUAGUCCUUUAUUACGCUUGCAACUUUAUGAAUUUGGUGAACUUCUUUUCCUGAUACCUGAUUACUUAAUAUUAUGCAAAGAGACUUGUUACGAAGAAAAUUUAACACUCCUCUUUGGUUCGUUCCUUUUCAUUAUGUUUCUCAAGUUAGCACUCUUUGGAGGUCGAAAGUAUAGAUUUUCCUGAGUGAGUUUGUGAGUCAGUUUCGUAAAUAAUUAAAUACGUCGUUAAUAUCUGGUGUAUAGGACAUCUCGAGAGUUUUUUUCACUCUCUCUCUCUCAGUUAUUUAUGUGGGCAGAAUUUUCCUAAAUUACUUAAUAUUAGAAUGCUAACGUUUUGUUUUCUGCUUUUCAACUUUAUCCGUUCACAAAUAGACCGUUCUGAAUAUAUUUGUGAACAGAGGCGUGCCCAUUUUGCAGGAGAGUUAGGGAGGCGAUGACUGAGCUCGAUCUCAGUGUAGAGGUGAGCCAAUUUCAUAUAUAUACACUUCAUCUUUAUCCUAGUACAUAGAAGAAGAUAUGGUCUCCAAACGUGGGGAAUAGACUCAGCUACAGUUCUGCGUGUUGCCGUCUUAUUAUUCGUUAUGAGAAACUAAUUAGAAAAGAGAAAAAUAUUGAUGCCAUAGGUCGUCAUUUUUGCUUUAUUUUAGAAUAUGGUUUGAUUGUGGAUGCAAAUCUCGUCGGUUUUCUUGCAUUCAUAUUAUUUCAAAGUUGUGUUGGAAGUCUUAGCCUUACUCUGAUUGUACGACCUGAACCUAAAAUAUUACUCUGUCCCGUGCAGGUUUAUCCUUGUCCAAAAGGAUCUGUAAGGCACAGGCAGAUGGUCCAAAAAUUGGGUGGGAAAGAACAGUGAGUAUUUAGUCUUUUACUGGUUGUGUAAAACGUCUCUAACUCGCUGAUUUUUUGGUAAAAUAUUUUUCGUCACUACUCUUAUGACAAGCGUAUUGUGCAUGUCGUUGAAUUGUUGUGUAUACUUUCGGUGGUUGUACAGCACUGUUUUCAUCUUGAUCCUCAUACCUGUUUGCCUCGUUUUUUACUGUGUGAAUGACAAUUGGUUUCCUGAUUCUCUUUCAGGUUUCCUUUCCUUUUUGACCCAAACUCGGGUACCUCAAUGUAUGAAAGUGGUAAGAAUUCAAUGCGUCACGAGCUUCAAUACAUCAAGGGAACUGUUUAUUUGUUUUACGCUAGUAUUUAGUCCAUUUACGCUAGUAUUUAGCUUCAAACUCUGGUAACUGAAUGUAUGAGUAUUCUCCCCUUCAUCAUGGAUCUUAGACAUUGACCUCGCCAAGCUUUCCAUUAAACUUUGGACCGACACCAAUCUCACACGGCAAAGUUGAUGCUUAUUCAGUUUUACUCUUGUAUAUCUAGGUGAUAUUGUCAAAUACCUUUUCCAACAGUAUGGUGGAGGAAGAAACCCCUCUUUUGGGCUUAUGGAGAGGUAUCAUGGGCAUUCCUUUUCUGUCAAGUAAUUAUUUAUUUUUUUAUCGAUAAGUCAAAUUGUUUACAGCAUUCUAUGUCCUCUUUGCCUGUUCAAAUGCAAACUUGAUGAAUAACAUUCUUAACCAGUAAUAAUAAACCUCUAUUUAAUUUUCCGCAACACUUAGCUGACAGAAAUAUAAACACAACACGAACAUGCUGUGUAAUUUGGUAAACUAUGCGAAGCCAGGAUUAUCUUCAUCAUGUAUGCUUUGGUAAUUUUACCGCUCAUUGAGGAUCUGCAACGUAAGAUCUUCCUUCGAGCUCCAUGCUGCCCCGAAUCAUCGUGAGAUAGAAAAUUAGCUAUUAUGAGAUGAAUGAUGUUUCCAAGCUGCUUUAAAACUGGAUAACUUCUGUUAGAUGCUUACAUAACUGUUAGCAUUUUAGCGUUGCUCAUCCAAAAUGAACAAUGAAUCAAUUUUGUAUCCAAACUGAAUAUUUUUUUCGUUUAUUAAUUAAAUUCACGAUUUUUUCGUUAAAUGAUGCAGUACAUUAUUCACUGGUUGGAUGCCGACCCUUCUUCGGGCAGGCAGAGGAAUGACAUUAUGGAACAAGGCAAGAUUGGAGUCACCUUCAGAAAAAUUGGAGCUUUUCUCAUACGAAAAUAAUCCAGUAAGCUUUCUGGUUUCCUGUUCUACUUCCAGAUUCUCGGACGAGCAGACUUCAUCUUAUAGAUUCUGUCUCUUUCGAAGUGUGAAAGGAUCCCUUCGGUAAUCUAUCUGUUCUUCUAAUUUUUUUUCUUCUUCGCAGCAAGCCAGGAUUGUGCGUGAAGCCCUUUGUGAGUUAGAACUCCCUUAUAUUCUCCACAACGUGGGUGAUGGGUCUUCAAAAGCGGAGUCCCUCGUUCAGAUAUCCGGAUCCAAUAAGGUGCCCACCCUUGGCAAUCAUCCACUUGACGUUGAAUUGUCAGCUUCCAUGGCUAAUAAGAUUUUAAAUUGACCAUCGGAUCAUUUAAUUUUUUUUUGGGUAGGUUCCUUACCUGAUAGAUAACAACACAGGAACAAAGCUGGGCGACUCCAAGAAGAUCUUAUCUUACCUGUUUGAGACAUACCGCACUGGUAAUUGA